CGUUUCCCACUGAGGGGGAGCAGGAUCUCUUCCCCCGGCAUUGGAGAGGGUCUACUGGAACUGGGGGGUUGGGGGUGGGGGCAGGAGACGACGACUGUCUUUCUCCGUUUUUGAAGCGGUCUUCCUGGGUCUUCCGGUGGGCAGUAUCUCUUAUCUGAGAGGUCGCCCGGCCACGAUCUCCCAGGUCUUUGAGGAUGGGGUCUUUAUCUUUGGAUGAAGGGGUCAGCCGGGAUCCUCAGGUACUGCUACCUGGGCCGGCAGAUGUGCAGCCAUUUUGGGUGUUGAACGUCAGUUGUGCCAGUCAGCUCCUAUUUGAUCGGGGGAGGGGGGAAGGUGAUCUGCGUAUCCAACCUUACUUUUUUCCUCCUCCUUCAAGACCUUAAAAUCAGAAGAUGUCUUUUUUUUUCCCCCCUAAUGCUGAUGUUCCUACCGCGAGUGCGAUUUUGUUCACGUUUGAGAACAAGACUGUAUCUUACGCAUCCUUCCUAAUGACUUGAUUAGUUUUAGAAUUUUAAUUUCUUUCAAAUAUCAAUCUGUGCUAGUGGAAAAAUGAGUGGGAAAUGUAGGAACUGGUGAAAUCUAGUGCUCUUCUUACAUGCUAAAGGAAAUAGAGCUAGACAUCGCAUGUAAAUAAACAUUUCGUUAGCAAAAUGUACAUAGAGAAUAUUUGUAAGAAAAAGUACCGAAGGGAUCCAGAGGCAGGAUCCAGAGAGGGAGGGGGAUAAGAGGGGACCAGGGGGGGUGGAAAUGGUCAAAAUGCGUUGUAUACAUGUUUGGAAUUGUCAACGAAUAUUUAUGAAAAUAAAAAGACCCAAAAGAAGCCCUGAAAGUUUUUGAAACAGCAAAUAUGGUGCUGAUACAUAUUAAAUAUUUAAAGGACCUUCAUUGUUAACAGCAUUUUUGUUGAUUUUCAAUAUUUAAAAUGUUUGCUGCUUUUGCAUUUUCCCCUGGGAUAACAUUUUAAGAGAUGGGAGAUACUUAUUUACCAAGUUGUUGCCGUGGAGAGUGUAAUUGUAGGGUUUUGUUGUUUUAAUUUUAGCUGCAGAUAGAAAUACAAAAUGAGUACUUAUGCUUGGUGUGAACAGGGCAUCUGACUGCCUACCACAUUUUUUUGGACAUCAAAUGGGUUGAACUGUUGACUGUUACUCAGACUGGUCCACCUACCUUUACUCUAAUUUUCUGUUACAAGUAGAAUUCAAGUGCGUCAGUAGCAGGACUAGACCUGUUACCGUUGUCAAAACCAAUUUGUCCUAUGUAAUAGACUUCUUUGGUGCUUUGGAGUUUCCUAGGAUCCAGAUUUUGGUCUUUACAACCAAGUAUCUGAGCAUUAGAAUGAACCAGGGUUAAUUGCUGACUGAUGAAACUUCCUUUCCUUUGCAGAGGAUGUCAGGGCCUUUUGUAAGCCCCAGAGAUGUCACUGGUAUCUAGGCAACAAGGAUGAGUUUGAACCUUCCUGAGGCCAGCUUGUUGAGGUGGAAAUUUUCCAUUGUUGGCUCAUAAAGAGGAUACACUGGGGAAGAUUUUCCCUUUUAAGAGAAGAGGUUUGUGUGUUUGAGACUUGGUCUCAUAGACCUGCCUGCCCCUGCCUCUGAUGUGCCAGGAUUAGAGAGUGCUGAAGACAAGAAGUUUUGGAGUUGUGAGUGAAUCCCGGUACUCAAAAAUGAGUGUGUGCUGGCCUGCACAGACCGAGGAGCAGAGAUCAAACAGGCGGCUGUAAGGACAGACAGUAAACGGAGGACGAGCUGGCCUCUGGAUCCCGCUGCCUCCCCUUUCUCCCUGCUGCCUGUGUCCGGAGGAUGAGCCCAGCCUUCAGGACCAUGGACGUAGAGCCCCGUACCAAGGGCAUCCUGCUGGAGCCCUUUGUCCACCAGGUUGGGGGGCACUCAUGCGUUCUCCGGUUCAAUGAGACAACCCUGUGCAAGCCCCUGGUUCCGAGGGAGCAUCAGUUCUACGAGACCCUCCCAGCUGAGAUGCGCAGAUUCACUCCCCAGUACAAAGGUGUGGUAUCAGUACGCUUUGAAGAAGAUGAAGACAGGAACUUGUGUUUAAUAGCAUAUCCAUUAAAGGGGGACCAUGGACCUGUGGAUAUUGUAGACAAUUCAGACUGUGAACCAAAAAGUAAGCUGCUGAGAUGGACAAACAAAAAACAUCACGUCCUAGAAACAGAAAAGAGUCCCAAGGACUGGGUGCGCCAGCACCGAAAAGAGGAGAAGAUGAAGAGCCAUAAGUUAGAAGAAGAAUUUGAGUGGCUAAAGAAGUCUGAAGUCUUAUACUACAGUGUAGAAAAAAAGGGAACUGUAAGCUCCCAGCUCAAACACUACAACCCUUGGAGCAUGAAGUGUCAUCAGCAGCAGCUACAGAGGAUGAAGGAGAACGCGAAGCACCGGAACCAGUACAAAUUCAUCUUGCUGGAGAACCUGACUUGCCGCUAUGAGGUGCCUUGUGUCCUGGACCUCAAGAUGGGCACACGCCAGCAUGGCGACGAUGCUUCAGAGGAAAAAGCAGCUAACCAGAUCCGAAAAUGUCAGCAGAGCACAUCUGCAGUCAUUGGCGUUCGAGUGUGUGGCAUGCAGGUGUACCAGGCAGGCACUGGGCAGCUCAUGUUCAUGAACAAGUACCAUGGACGGAAGCUUUCAGUGCAGGGCUUCAAGGAGGCGCUUUUCCAGUUCUUUCACAAUGGGCGGUACCUGCGCCGUGAGCUCCUGGGCCCUGUGCUCAAGAAGCUAACUGAGCUUAAGGCCGUGUUGGAGCGACAGGAAUCCUACCGCUUCUAUUCAAGUUCCCUACUGGUCAUUUAUGAUGGCAAGGAAUGGCCAGAGGUGACCCUGGACUCAGAUGCUGAGGACUUGGAGGACCUCUCAGAAGAGUCGGCUGAUGAGUCUGCUGGUGCCUAUGCCUACAAGCCUCUCGGUGCCAGCUCAGUGGACGUGCGCAUGAUCGACUUUGCACACACCACCUGCAGGCUCUAUGGCGAGGACAGUGUGGUGCAUGAGGGCCAGGAUGCUGGCUAUAUCUUUGGGCUGCAGAGCCUGAUAGACAUUGUCACAGAGAUAAGUGAGGAGAGUGGGGAGUGAGCUUGCUGGCUAGUCCAGUACCUGAGAGACGCUUUGUGUCCCCCUACAGCUGUGCUGUCGGGAAGCAGGCCAGUAUGGCUAGGUGUUGGCCUCUGCAGCCUGGAGCUGAUAGACAGUGGCCCCUGUAACCCCCCCCCCCCCAGCCUGAGCCAGCCCCAGAUGGCUCAGAGCCUUUUAUUUAUUUUAACUAUUUCUUCAACAUUCCACAUUUGAUGAUGCAGAUACCUCUUUCUUCCCUGAGUGUAAAUGUUCUAAUACAGAUCUUUUUGUUUAUUGUA